AUGGUGUCCAAGCUCACGUCGCUACAGCAAGAACUCCUGAGCGCCCUACUGAGCUCUGGGGUCACCAAGGAAGUGCUGGUGCAGGCCCUGGAGGAGCUGCUGCCGUCCCCGAACUUCGGGGUGAAGCUGGAGACGCUGCCCCUGUCCCCCGGGAGCGGGCCAGAGCCCGACACCAAGCCGGUCUUCCACACGCUCACCAACGGCCACGCCAAGGGCCGCCUGUCCGGGGACGAGGGCUCGGAGGACGGCGACGACUAUGACACCCCUCCCAUCCUCAAGGAGCUGCAGGCGCUCAACACCGAGGAGGCGGCCGAGCAGCGGGCCGAGGUGGACCGGAUGCUCAGUGAGGACCCUUGGAGGGCUGCCAAAAUGAUCAAGGGCUACAUGCAGCAACACAACAUCCCCCAGAGGGAGGUGGUGGACGUCACGGGCCUGAACCAGUCCCAUCUCUCCCAGCAUCUCAACAAGGGCACCCCAAUGAAGACCCAGAAGCGCGCGGCCCUGUACACCUGGUACGUCAGAAAGCAGCGGGAGAUCCUGCGACAGUUCAACCAGACAGUGCAGAGUUCUGGAAAUCUCACAGACAAAAGCAGUCAGGAUCAGCUGCUGUUUCUCUUUCCAGAGUUCAGUCAGCAGAGCCAGGGCCCCGGGCAGUCCGAUGACGCCUGCUCCGAGCCCACCAAUAAGAAGAUGCGUCGCAACCGCUUCAAGUGGGGGCCCGCGUCCCAGCAAAUCUUGUACCAGGCCUACGACCGGCAAAAGAACCCCAGCAAGGAGGAGAGGGAGGCCCUAGUGGAGGAGUGCAACAGGGCCGAGUGCUUGCAGCGAGGCGUGUCCCCGUCCAAGGCCCACGGCCUGGGCUCCAACUUGGUCACAGAGGUUCGUGUCUACAACUGGUUUGCAAACCGCAGGAAGGAAGAGGCCUUCCGGCAAAAACUGGCCAUGGACGCCUAUAGUUCCAACCAGACGCACAGCCUGAACCCCCUGCUGGCGCACGGCUCCCCCCACCACCAGCCCAGCGCCUCUCCUCCAAACAAGCUGCCAGGAGUGCGCUACAGCCAGCAAGGAAACAAUGAGGUCACUUCCUCCUCAACAAUCAGUCACCAUGGCAACAGCGCCAUGGUGACCAGCCAGGCGGUUUUACAGCAAGUCUCCCCAGCCAGCCUGGACCCAGGCCACAAUCUCCUCUCACCUGAUGGUAAAAUGAUCUCAGUCUCCGGAGGAGGUUUGCCCCCUGUCAGCACCUUGACAAACAUCCACAGCCUCUCCCACCAUAACCCCCAGCAGUCUCAGAACCUCAUCAUGACCCCGCUCUCUGGAGUCAUGGCCAUUGCACAAAGCCUCAACUCGUCCCAAGCCCAGAGCGUCCCCGUCAUCAACAGUGUGGCCGGCAGCCUGGCAGCCUUGCAGCCCGUGCAGUUCUCCCAGCAGCUGCACAGCCCCCACCAGCAGCCCCUCAUGCAGCAGAGCCCCGGCAGCCACAUGGCCCAGCAACCUUUCAUGGCUGCUGUGACCCAGCUACAGAACUCGCACAUGUCCCCUGCAAGCCUGGUGAUGCCCACACAUCACUCACUUUGUGCCCAGCAACAAGGACCCUGUUUUCCACACCGUCACCCUCCGGACAGCUGUCAUGGAGAAGCCCAGUGACCUGCCCAGCACGUGCGAGAGGUCCCUGCGCCUACCCGACGUCCUGCGCGCGUUCAGGAGGCGCCGGCUGAAGCGCAGCUUCCUUCCUGUGCAGUAUUGUCCUGAUGCCUCUCCCAGGAUGUCCAGUCCUCCUGUGUGACCUGGAGGCGGGAGACAAGAGCCGUGGAAGAGGAAGAGAGAAAGCGGUCACGUCCACCCUGGGAUCCUUCAUCGAACAAACCGAUGGGAAAACUUGAAUCUGUUACUGAGGCAAGGAGAGGGGGACGCCCGCUGUUGAACUGAGCCAGACACACUGUAAAUAUCCAUAGACUCCCUCCCCUGCUCCGUCCCAGAUGAUCUCGAGAUUUCUUUUAAAGAAGUAAAUUUGUCCAAUGGGUAUAAACUGUAAACUACUGUAAUUAAGUGCAAUUUCCCUCUGCAUCGCUCCCGUCUACCCUGUAUAUAAUACUAAAGCGUCUACGUGUUUUCUGUGUAAAGGUCAGAGUUGAAAUUUCCAAAGUGAUUGCCCCCUCCCCAAGAGAAACACCUGAAGCAGAAAGCAAAGCCCCUCUCCCCUCCCUCAGCCCUGCACACACAGAAGCGCAGCGUCUCUGGACUGACUGCCGGCUGACUCCAGUCUGCUAAUGGGAGGACUUGCACGCCCAGGUCCCUGGAGGGGCUGAGCGUAGGGUCAGAGUGCUGUCCUCGCUUCCUGUGGGGCUGGGGGUUCAGCCAGUGCACCCCCAACAAACCUCAGGGAGGGGAAAUUGGCGG